CAGCUUCCGGCGCGGGCCGCGUUGCUGUGGAGAUGGGGGCGGGGCCGCAGACGCAGGGCGCGAAACCCCAGACUGCGGGCCUUUGCUACAACCUCUCUGGGGUCUGCUGAGGAGUCACCUCUCUCAGAGACCAAAAUGGAGAGGUCAGAAGAGGGCAUCGGAUCCCCAGAACUGGAGUUACAGUUAUAAGAGGAGGAUAAAAGGCUCUGGUUCAUCAAUAAUCUAGUCACAGAAAUAACAUAUCAACCAUUGGGUGAGUGUCCACCAACAGGAAUUACAGAGAAUGGAGAAGAAGAUUGGCUUCAGGUCUUUUAGGGAUGGCGUGGUUAAGAAACCUUGUUCUCCAAAGGCACUGCCCCUCAAAAAGUCUUCUGCCUUCUCUGGGAUCCAGAGGGAGUUAACUAGAAGCUGCCACUCCUCGUACUAUCAAUCCUCACAAAGUUGGACUCCACAGAGAUUACGAGAACUGCGUGUCAGGUGUGUGGCCAGAAAGUUCCUAUAUUUGUGGAUGCGAGUGACCUUUGGAAGAGUGACUCCUUCCAGAGCCAGGUUUUUCCAUGAGCAGAAAAUACUACGGAAGGUCUUUGGAGAGUGGAGGGAAGAAUGGUGGGUCUCCCAGAGGGAGUGGAAACUCUGCGUUCGAGCUGACUGUCACUACAGAUACUACUUGUACAACCUGAUUUUCCAGAACUGGAAGUCCUUUGUGUACCAGCAACGGGAGAUGAGGAAGAGGUUCCAAAGAGCCGAGCAUCAUGAUAUGAAACAGAAGAUGCGCCACGCCUGGAAGUCCUGGUUAAUAUACAUGGUUGCUCGUAGGACCAAAUUUCGCAUGAAGAGCACUGCUCUAGAGUUUCGGAGGCGGAGUGUCUUAUGUUUCUGGUGGAACAAGUGGAGGUGGCGACUAGGACGAGUCCACGCAGAGCAAGCUCUCCACGCAGCGGCCGUGAAGCACAGGGCCCUGAGCCUCCAGCUGCAGGCUUGGCUGCGAUGGCAAGAACAGCUUCUCAUUAGCCAGCGAGAGAGAAGGAAGGUGGCCACUGCUGUGAGACACCAUCAGCGCUGGCAGAAGCAGAGAACUUUGAAGGCUUGGCUUAAAUACCUCCGUAUCUGCAGGGUGAAGAGAUGGCAGAAUGAGAUGGCUGUACAGUUCCACCGCAUUACUGUGCUCCAGAUACAUUUCUGUGACUGGCAGUGGGCCUGGGAGUGGAGGCAGAGCUUGUCUGCCCACCAGGCCCUGGUGGCGAAGCUGGCCAGGAAGAUGGUCCUGCGAAGGGCCUUUGCCCACUGGAAGCACUACAUGCUGCUACAGGAAGAAGAGGCUGCCCAGCGUGAGGCAGCGGCAGAGCACCACCAACACUGCCUGCUGCAUUCUUGUUUUAGAGCCUUCAAAGACAACGUGACCCGGGCCCGACUAAAGCGAAUGAGAAAGAGCCUUGCUCACCAGCUGCGCGAUACUACACUGCUCCACAGGUUCUGGAACCUCUGGCAGUCUCGAGUUGAACAGAGGGAGGAGAGGGUACAGCCCCCCUCACUGCUUGCAGCCCAGAGCCACUACAGGAUGACAGUCCUACGCAAGUGUGUCAGGGUGUGGCUACAGUAUGUGCACAAGAGAAGAUGCCUGCAGUCACUGCAGGCCAGAGCACUCGGUCAUUUUCAGCAGCGAGCACUGCCUGCUGCCUUCUACACGUGGUACAGAGUCUGGCGAUGGCACCAGCAGAGACGGACCCUCCACACCAGAGCAGUGCGUUUUCACAGAGAGGCAUUAGAGAAGCAAGUAUUUGCUCUCUGGAGGCAGAAGGUGUCUCAGCAUCGAGAAAUCCGCUUGGCUGAGAGAAUGGCUAUGCUGCAGGCAGAGCAGCAGCUCUUGCGUAGGUUCUGGUUCGUGUGGCACCAGCGGGCAGCGGCGUGUCACCAGGAGCGACAGCGGCAAGCCAUGGCCAUUGCCCACCACCACAGCGGGCUGCUCAGGAGGGCUUUCUGCAUCUGGAGGGAAAGCACCCAAGGAUUUAGGAUGGAGAGGAUGGGCAGGGCACAGGCUUCACACUUCCACUCAGUACGGCUCCUGUGUUGGGCCUGGAGCAAGUGGAGGGAGGGCCUAGCUCUGAGGAUGGAGGAGCAGCAAAAGCUGAAGCGUGCAGCCCUGCACAGCCAGCGCACCCUGCUCCACAGGGCUCUGCAGAAGUGGCUGGUUUACCAGGACAGGAUGAGGAGUGUUCUUCAGGAGGUUGCAGCCAGGGAAAGACAGCACAACAGGCAGCUGCUGUGGUGGGUGUUACAUCGCUGGAGAGAAAACACCAUGGCCCGUUUGGAUGGGGCCAAAAAAACCUCUCAAGCUAGAGUCCACUACAACAGGACUCUGUGCUCCAAGGUCCUGGUCCAGUGGCGGGAGGUUACAUCAGUGAAGAUAUAUUACCGACAAAAGGAGGCAGCUGCCCUCAGGGAGGCCCGGAAAGCACUGGACAGGGGUCGUCUCCGGACCUGGCUUCAGCGGUGGCAGGUCUGCAGGCAGAGGGAGGCUCAGCAGACAUUCCGGCUGCAACAGGCGGCUCAGCAUCACCGCCGGCAGCUGCUAGCGGGAGCAAUGGCCAGGUGGAAGGCGUACCAUCUGUGUUGUGUCAGGAAAAAGUUUCUGCAGAGGCAAGCUGCCCAGCUCCUGGCACAGAGACUCGGUCGGGCCUGUUUCUGCCAGUGGAGGAAGCAGCUGGCAGUCAGGAAGCAAGAACAGUGGGGCACAGCCAGGGCCCUGUGGUUCUGGGCCUUCUCCCUACAGGCAAAGGUGUGGGCUGCAUGGCUGGGCUUCGUACUUGAGAAGAGGAGGAAGAAGGCACGGCUGGAGCAGGCUAUGCAAGCCUACCACCAGCAGCUCCUGCAGGAGGGGGCCACGCGGCUUCUGCGCUUCACGGCUGGCAUGAAGGCGCUCCGGCAACAGCUCCAGGCCCAGCAGCAGGUCCAGGCAGCCCACAGCCUCCACUGUGCAGUCCGCCACUGUGCUGAGCUCUGGAAGAAGAAGGUACUCGGUCCAGACAAGACUUCUCAACCUCCAGCACCCAUCGCAUUCAGCAGAAGAGUGACGUUUAAGGAUUUCUCUCUCUCUGGACUUGCUGCUGAGGCUGGAGAUGCUCCCCUGUCUCAGGGCGUCCUGGGAAGUUUGGCAGUAGCUGCUGGAGAGCCCUUCAUCCCAGAACUCAAUGAGGCCCGCCCAUCACGGAAACAGCCUCGACGUCCGUCCUUCCUGCUGGAGCGUGUGCAGAGCCAGAGGUCCCCAGAGCGGUGCACCCUCGGGGAGCAGCAGUUACAGAAGACCCCAGAAAAGGGUCAGAGUAUGGCUCCACCAGGAGGCUCUUCCCUGACGCGACCCUUCCUACCAGUGGUGCGGCCAAAUGUUUCUGGUCCGAAGCUGCCUCCUACAGCAAGCCCAGGCCUGGAGCUGUUGCCUCCUUCCUCAUUCAUGCCCCAUGGGGUGAGGGACGCUGCCAGGGUGUCAACAAAGCCCAGCAUCUCUGGACCUCAACCUUGGGGUUGCCCAUCCUUAACCAGGGACCCUGAUCCCCAUCUUCUGCUCCCUGGAGAUUCCACAAGCACCAGGACUGGGCCUGGUUAUGGCUCUGAGACUACAGGCCACACCGAGCUUGAGGCCGAGUUGGAGGGCAUCCAGCAGCAGUUACAACACUACCAAACCACCAAGCAGAACCUUUGGUCAUGCCAGCGACAAGCCAACAGCCUGCGUAGGUGGCUGGAGCUAAGCCAGGAGGAGCCAAGCUGUGAGGACCUCCAUCUAGAAGAGCAGGUGAAAACAGAACUGGAGGAGGUGGAACUACAGAUCCAGCAGCUGGCUAAGGAGCUCGAGGCCCAGCGGCAGCCUGUCGGUACAUGCAUUGCUCGUGUUCGGGCCCUGAGACGGGCUCUGUGCUAGUGGGCUUGCCCCUAGGGUAAGGAUACCCAACCCUCAACAACAAAACACAAAGCUACAAUAGUUUUUUGUUUAAUCUCAAAAUGUCUUGCAAUUAAAUGAAUUACUGUUCA